CGCAGAAGCCCCAGUCGGUCAGCACCGCUGGGGCGUCUCGCUCUGCUCUUGCAGCUGUACCUGUCGCCUGGCGAGAUGAUUGGGGUCCUGCUCCUGCUCUUCUUUCUCCCCCUUCUCCUCUACAUCGCUGCACCCCAAAUCAGGAAAAUGCUGUCCAGUGGGGUGUGUACAUCAACCGUCCAGCUUCCUGGGAAGGUAGCUGUGGUCACUGGAGCCAACACAGGCAUUGGGAAGGAGACAGCCAAAGAGCUGGCUCAAAGAGGAGCCCGCGUAUAUUUAGCUUGCCGGGAUGUACAGAAAGGGGAAUUGGUGGCCAGAGAGAUCCAGACCGUGACAGGGAACCAAGAGGUGUUGGUGAAGAAACUGGACUUGGCUGAUACUAAAUCUAUUCGAGCCUUUGCUAAGGGCUUCCUAGCAGAGGAAAAGCAUCUCCACAUUUUGAUCAACAAUGCGGGAGUGAUGAUGUGUCCCUACUCCAAGACAGCGGAUGGCUUUGAGAUGCACAUGGGAGUCAACCACUUAGGUCACUUCCUCCUGACCCUUCUGCUAUUAGAGAAGCUGAAGGAAUCCGCCCCAUCAAGGAUAGUGAAUGUGUCUUCCUUUGCACAUCACCUGGGCAGGAUCCAUUUCCAUAACCUGCAAGGGGAGAAGUUCUACAGUGCAGGUCUGGCCUAUUGUCACAGCAAGUUAGCCAACAUUCUCUUCACCCGCGAACUGGCCCGGAGGCUGAAAGGCUCCAGCGUUACGACGUAUUCUGUACACCCCGGCACAGUCAACUCUGAAUUGGUUCGGCACUCGUCUGUCAUGAGGUGGAUGUGGCGGCUUUUCUCCUUCUUCAUCAAGACCCCUCAGCAGGGAGCCCAGACCAGCCUGUACUGUGCUUUAACGGAAGGUCUUGAGAGUCUAAGUGGGAAUCAUUUCAGUGACUGCCAUGUGGCAUGGGUCUCUGCCAAGGCUCGUAAUGAGACAAUAGCAAGGCGGCUAUGGGACGUCAGCUGUGACCUGCUGGGCAUCCCUGUGGAUUGACAGGUGGUGGCAGUUGGACCCAAGAGAAGCAUGCAGCAGACUACUCAGUACUCCUUGCCAAAAUGAUUCUCCUUCAGGAUGGCCAAAACCUUGAGCACGAAGAGAGCAAACCUUCCAACCUUUGCUGCUUGAUGUCUCAUGAAAGCCCAGUGUACACUGCCAGAUUAAUCUAAACUCCUGGCAUUUGUCCAGAUUUACUUUGCUCCUGUUACUGCCAGAGUUACUAGAGAUAUCAUAGGAUAAGUAGACCCUCAUAUGUCCUGCAAGCUCAUAUAUUCCUUCUGAAACCUACUACCUAGGAGAACCUAAGCUAUGGCAGGGUUGCUUUAUGGCAAUUUAGACUAGUUUCUACCCUCUUUGUUCUCAAUGUAGUUUCUCCUAACCAACCAACCCUCACUUCAAGAGAGUCACACUGCAGCCUCAGCUCAACUCCAGGAGUCACAGUGGCUUGGCUCAAGAGGAGGACUUGUCCCUCACCUCUUAAGAAAACCAUCAUGUUGCCAACAUCUGGAUUCUUUCAGGAAACUCUUAAUUGAAUCUGGAUUGUGGCAUGGCUUUAUCUCUGGCAACCUAAAGGCACUGCUGUUAACACACUCUCCCCUACCUAGACCACAGAAGAGCUACCUUUUCUAAGAAGUUUGUGGGGUUUAGGGGAAGGCAGCAAUAAAAAUCUAUUUAAAUUGUCAUUUUCCUGCUGUUCCUCAGGCCAGCAAGGGGGUAACGAAAGGAGCAGUAUGGGAAGAUAGGCCACCUGACUUCAGUUACUGACCCCAGACCCAUGGAGGCCUCCUUUUCGUGCUGUAGUUUCUCUUAGGAAACCAGAAGAAGGAAAAGGCUAUUUGUGAUUGUCACUGAAUAUACCUUUGUAUGUGUUCUUGUGUAUUUAUGCAGUUGGAGGUAUUUUUACGAAAUUCAAAACAGCCACAAGGGAACAGUAUUAAACUGGACCCUAGUACAGGUAAAUGAUAGCAAUGGAGCAAACCAGUGUUAUCUAGUCUUUGAUGCAAAUGGGUAGAGCUGCAAAGGGAAGCAGACUCUGUAUUUGUUGGUAACUAACCCACCAAGAAGCACAUGGGUAGCAGAGAAGAAGUCCAAAAAAGAGAAGAAUCCUGGAAGGUAAUGCAUGCAUUGAAAGGCCUAGUUAAAGAUUAAAAAGAAAAAAACCCAGCUAAAGAUGGUAAUAUCCAGCUAUAGAAGAAUUGAGGGUGAGCACUUGAGUUAGCAAGACUGACAAGGCACUGUCUUAACAAGCAUCAGCCAACCAAUGUGGCAGAAAAGAACCUCAACAAAAACAAAACCAAAAAACCCCAAUUCUUUAUUCAGCAAAAUUAUCUUAAGGACUAAUAUUGGUAAUUGCAGCCAAUUUACUAAUCUUUCAGGGCAUUUCUUUACAUUAUCUUGACAAGAUUAAAACAUCUAUUUGCUAAAAAUAUACAUUUUAUUUGGAGAACUUUUAUCAAAAGUAAUGCUGCCAAAGAAGGUCUGAGGAAUUAGUAAUGUUCCCAUCACUUGUUGGGGGCACGUUUUUCUAAUAAGAGUUUGUGAUUUUCUUGGACUGACAAUUAUAUGUUCGCUUUGGUGGGGACAAGAGUUAAAGGACCACAGUCUUUGCAUAUUUGUAAAUCUUUUGUUGAACUUGUUUUGACCAUUAAAUGAUAUAUUUAGAAAUAGUUAUUUUAUGGAAAAAUUGAAAAACUUUUGAUAAUAGUGCAGUAGGAUAACUAAAUAUUUUACUUGAUUUAUAUUGAACUGUCAAUGACAAAUAAACAUUUUUUGAUUAUU